GUUAACUUAACGUAGCUGGGUUAUCUUCAUUGUUUUGCCUCCGACCUGACUAACUACUGACAGUCCGAUUUCAAACCCAUCUAUCUUGCAUUAAUCAAUCGAUCAAUCAAUCAACCACCAUGUCCGACUCCAUCCCUUCCGCCCAUGAUGAUGAGCAACAUCAACACCAACAACACCACCACCCCACCAACGCCGAAGACCGCAAAGCCGCUGCCGCCCUCUCCGCCCUCAACCCCAGCCACAUCGCCCCCGACACCCCCAAGUCCGCCUCCACUCCUUCCGCUGCAGACCAAGAGGCCUUGGGCCAGGCAAUGAGUCGCUUGGAGAUAGCCUCGGGACAAAGUGGUGGUGCUGGUGGUCGUGGUGGGGUGCAGAAGCCGGCAGAGGCGCAGAAGAGGGUUCCGGUAGAAGCGACUAAGAAGAAGGCGGUUAAGGUGACGGUGGAGGAUGUGAAUCUUUUGGUAUGUCAAUACCUUACAGAGCAAUUGGGGCGAAGGCUAAUUGGGAUGGUGGGGAAGAUCGAGGAGUUGGAAUUGAAUAAGAGCACUGCGACCGAGUUGUUGAGGUUGCAUGAUGGGAAUGUGGUGGAGGCGAUGAGAGCCUUUGUCUCUGUUGGCCCGAGUCUGUGAGUAUGACUGCAUUUACUGGAGUGGUGGGUUAACAGUUGAGCUGGUCUCGUGUCUACAUACCAUAUCCUUAAUAUAAUGAUAAUGAAGUAUGAAUCUGUGAAACACGUGGAGGUAUGUUGUAUGAAU